AUAAGCAAUAGGAUUAGAUCAAAAACAUCCUCAAUGCGCACCAUCCACACAAAUGCGCCAAUCUAUAUAUUGAAUUAAUAGAAAAUGCAACUUGUUAAAACUGUUCACGCCAUAUUUCUGGUUCAGUCAUGUGGAAUAAAUUAGUCUGCUGCAGCCCCAUGCUGCUAAUGGUCGCUUCCUGCAUUAACCACGUCGUUUUCCUUUCAGCAGUAUAAAGUGGGCGUUGUGCUACUUUGUGUUCAGCUAUUGUUGUUCAGAAGUCGAGAAUGGUGCAACUAUCAAAAUCUGGAGCGAGAGAGAGUCCUGAAUUGAAGGCUGGCCAUCUUCCAGCAGUGAAGGCUGGGGGGAAACGAGUGGUCAAGAAGAGCUGUGAGGAGAGUCAUGCCACCCACCAUGUGAACCCAGAGAGGGAACACAAGGUUCCCAAAACCAGAUCUGCAGCCACCUCCAGCAGAAUGCAGCAAAUCAGUGUCUUGAUGUCAGGAACACUUGACAAGUUGGGACAUGACUUCCCAGAGACCCCAGUAAGUGUGAAACACAGCAGACUCAGACCUGCUAUGGAGAAGGCACACUCGCCAGCUUUCAAGUCCAGCUUCUGCAUCCAGCAACCAAAAAAGUUCUGAAGCAACAUGUGAUAGUUGCCUGAGGGGAAACAUGUUAAGUCAACUGUUAAAGACCAACAGGAAGUGUUAGUUAUAUGCAUGAGGGUACCGACAUGAAACAUUAGAAAAUACUUAAAUGUUUAACUUUCUUGAUUUAAUGUAGAAUCAAUUCGGCUUCUUUGAAUUUGUUGCAAUUUGGGACUUUGCUACUUUUAGGUGUGGAAGUGGAGCUUUGUAGGGAUGUGGGUUUUCGGCUUACUCCAAACCAGCAUUUACUGUGCCUUUUUAUUAAUAUAUGAAUGAGACACCCUGUAACCAUAAGUGAACUAAAGGCACAUAUGGUGGGCAUUUUGGAAUUAGUAUGUUGCGUAAGUGGGUAAAGCUGGAUGACUGACAUUCAUCAUUUAAUGUUUUCAUAGUGAAAAGCUUGAAUAAAAACACUGCAUGGCAUUAAA